AUGGGCUUUGGCGGUGUGCUGGACGACAUCACCUUUUUGCAAUGUAUGGGAAGCUUUCGCCAUAUAACAGUGCAGGUCUUUGGUCCGGAACCUUCGGUAUACUCAAGAAAAAAGGAAACUCCUUAUGUAAUGGCAACAAUAUCCGAAAUUCAACGAAUCAGCAACGUUCUACCAUGGGCUAUUCCACACAGCACAAUGAACGAUGUAUUCAUCAAUGGAUACUUCAUUGCUAAAGGAACAGAAAUAAUGCCUCAGUACGGUUGUGUCCUGAACGAUCCGAAUCUAUUUCCAAAUCCUGAUCAGUUCCUUCCAGAAAGAUUCCUCGAUUCACAUGGCGCAUAUCGGCCACGAAUGGAAUUUAGACCGUUUGGAAUGGGUGCUAGAGUUUGUUUGGGAGAAUUUCUAGCAAAAUGUGAACUCUAUCUUAUUUUCACGACCUUACUACAAAAAUUUACAUUUACCGCAAUAGAUCCGGUGCUUAUUAAGACUGCGUUAGUACUUAAUCGAACUAUAAUUUCCCAUUAUUAA